AAGGCCCACAGCACAUAGCAUAUAGACAGCUAUUGCAUUUCUAUAAACAUCGCUGCCGUAUUCCACAAGCCUGACCUAUUUGGACUGCAUACCCGUCUAUGAAAAACUCGAUCUGUACGGUCCCUGUUGUGUGGUUGUUUGUACCUGGUAUGGUGGAAUGCUGUGUUUGGCAAGGAGGAAACAUGUUCAUCUAAGGAGUGGAACAAGUAUUGGAUUAAUUAGAGACGUCAUCUGCCAGUAUGGUGAGGGACCCAAGCAAGCCAAAGGGCCGUAUGUCGGGGUAUUCCUACUUCGUGCAGACCUGUCGUGAGGAGCAUAAGAAGAAGCAUCCUGAUGAAAGCAUUGUCUUCGCAGAGUUCUCAAAGAAGUGUGCGGGACGAUGGAAGACGAUGACCGACAAGGAAAAGAAGCGUUUUCAUGAGUUGUCUGAGACUGACAAAACUCGCUAUGAGCAUGAGAUGGCCAGUUAUUUGCCACCAAAGGGUAUGGGUAGGGGUGGAAAGAGAAAGAAGAAGGACCCUAAUGCACCCAAGAGGGCAAUGUCUGGCUUCUUCUGGUUCUGCCAAGAUGGGCGGCAAGUGGUGAGGAACAUCAACCCUGGCUGGGGAGUCGGUGAUGUCGCCAAGGAGUUGGGCAAGCGUUGGGGAGUGCUCGCCCCUGAUGUGAAAGCAAACUACAAUGCUAUGGCACAAAAGGACAAGAAGCGAUAUGAGAUUGAAAUGAAGUCGUGGAAGAGCAAGGGGACGUUUGGGAACGCAGGCGCUUCCAGCAAAAAAUUUAAAAAGGCAGAAGAAGACAAUGGGGAGGAAGAGGAUGAUGAUGAGGAGGAAGAAGAUGACGAGGAGGAAUCUGAUUAGACGUCGGUGAUGACUGCAUGGAACAUGUGGGAGGCAUUUUACAUAUGCAUGCAGUACUUAGCUUUAUUUGUGGGAAAAAGAUGCCACACGUUGGCCACACGCAUUGACAGUGGCAAAUAUGUAAAGUGUCUUCCAGCACAGUUGGUAACUGGUGUAUAGAUAUAUCGUCAUGUAGAUAGCUUUUACCGCGUGUGUGUUUUGUAAAUGUCUGCUAUGUUUAAUGCAAUGUCUCGUAUUUAAACUGGUUGAUGAUCACUUAUUUCAUUCAUGCCACUGACGUAUGUGUAUCACUGUGUAUAGAAGUUUGUUUGUAAGUUACCAAUGAAACUUUUUUUUAGCAGUGAAUAUAACUGCAUUAGUAGGUGGAAUCUAGCUGGGGCAAUCAAUCCAUUGACUAGCUAAGUAAAACAGUAAGUUGUCAUACAAAGCAUUUUGAACAGAUCAUUGUUAUAGGCAGUUAGGAGCUGUCUGUAACGGUGAUAUCCUUCUAUACGUACUCCAGUGCUCAGUAUUCUGCGGUAAACAAAAUGUCUUUUCUGUCAAACUGAGAGUGAUCUUGUGAAUAUGGUAUGAUAAAUCCCACAAUCUCAUCUCAACAAUGCAUAUAAAAUUACCCAUCAGCAUUUAUUAAACUUGAAAGAUUUAAACGUGUAUGUUUAAAAAACAUGUUGCAUAGCUUAAGUUAUUUAUACAACAAAGCGUAUAAAUGCUUAUUUGAUGUGAGACUUAUUUAAUUGUAUAACUUGGUCACUGCAGUAUAAGUGAAUUAUUUACAACAAAUUGUAAAGCUGAUGUCUCCUCUAUAUAGUUUACUCAUUUGCAAUUUUUUUCUGAAAUAUUUGGCAAGUAAAUUUAAUACAAACGUCUCUGUAGUAAAUUGUAAUACAAACGCUUAUAAGCUGCUCUGUGUAUGAACUGUGUAUAGUGGAUAAAGAUGGCAAGCAGAUUGGCUGGUAUCCGAAGCAGUGUAUGCUUUAUAACAAAACGUGUUUUAUGAAACCAUUUAUAUAAAAAAAAUCAUUACCUCUGUAUAAUUUUGCCUGUAGCCAGUGGACGACCAUAGCAUGUGUGUGUGUGUGUACACUCUGCCCUCACUGUUGGUACUGUUGCGUUUUAACGAAUAAAAUCUAUGUAUUCUCGAGAUCAGCUGCGAACCAACGGCUAUGUAAUUUUUUAUGGAUAACACCAACAGUCAUAUGGAGAGAGCCUUGUGGUACAGUGGUUAUAACCUGUCUAACUUCCACUUUGAAGCUGUGACACUGACUGCAGGGUCGUGUCUCCCUGCUCGGACUACAUUUAUAUAUAAUGUGUGUGUAUUUAUAAAUACUGUAGUAUAAUACAUCUAUAUAUAGAUUUAGUAUGAGUUGGUGGCAGACAAGAUCAUGUAGUCAGCAAGGCUGAGUACGACCUUAUUGACUAUAUUCUGUGGUAGGGACAAGUAUAAGAACAACAAUAGUGAAUAACCACUACCAUUUAAUUGUGUUGUUAAUGUAAUAGUUGUUUAAUUUCUGUAAACUUCAUAAUGUUGUACCAUCAAGGAACCAUGAUACCUUGUUAAAGAUGUUGUACAUAACUCACGUGUAAGUCUUUGGACUUGAAUAAAUAAACAGUGACAUUACUGCAAAGAA